AGUGCGCGCGCUGUCACUUCAGUUAGGUACCUACGCCGUAUCUUCGUUUCGCUUGCACCCGCGUGUUUCGUUCACGUUCCAGUGUAGGAUAUAAAUAGGACUUUCAUAGUUGGAGAACGUGAGCUCAACGUCCAGAUUUAGAUAUUUUGGAACAGAACUCUCGCUAAUAAUAAAUGUGAUGUAGACAGUGUUUCGGCCGAUCUCGCCUUUCGCCCUCAGUAGUGAGAGUAUCUACUGCGUUUUGUGCACGUCCAGUGUUUAGUUAGAACGAUGGGUGACAUUUCGGAGCCAAUAAAAAAAUGCAUACUCAUAUUGAAGUCGGCGAAAAGUGACACUGAGAAGUUUGCCGCGUUGUUUAUGGUGACGAAACUAGUCAAGGGCAAAGAUUGUAACGCCGCAGCCAAAAAGGCUCUAUUUGAAGCGAUAGGUUUCAAGUUUUUGAAGAAGCUACUCACUGGAAACAACGUUGAUGAUGAUUGUCCACCGUCAGUAUACAAAUCUGUGGCCUUAUCUAUCCUCACGUGCUUCUGCAAUGAACCUGAUCUUGCAACACAUCCCGAAAUGCUGGCUAAUAUACCUGUGUUCCUUGAGAUUGUGCAGACUUCGGACAACGAAGACUACGAUGACAACCUGAUCAUAAUCAGUGAAGCUUACACAUGCUUGCAAUGCAUUGCCGAACAGGAGGCUGGGCAAAAGGCUCUUAUAGAAGUUGGUGCAAUCAAAAAAAUGUCUGAAAUUUAUUCACACCAAAGUUUCCAAACUGAUGAAGCACUUAAUAUCCUUGUAAAGUUAGUUAGCCGUUAUGGACCUGCAGCAUGGGGGAACGACCCAACACCAUUCCACGCAUUGGUAAAUAAGAUUGCACUUGAUUUUGCCACUGACCAAUCUGAAAGAAAAUUUGAACUCGCUACUAUCUUGAGUGCACUGUUAUACAGCUGUAAUAAAGCUACUGUAAUCCCAGGAUCCUCGGACGAGACAUGGCCACUGAGUAUAUACAAAGCUUUAUCUGACAUAUUGACAAGUAAAAUAGGUAAGAACCAAAGAGAUCCAGCAUUGAAAUUAGCUGCAAAUAUUAUUGAGCUGCUCGGAGUUGAAUGGGCUUUUAAUGAUGAGGAGAAUCCUAAGAAAUUCUUCCUUUUACUCCUCCAACUGUGUGCUAUUGAAGUAAGAAUGCAGUUAGAAGACAGGAGUUUUAAACAGGCCUUUGCAAAUGCCGAGUUAAUAACAGCUUGCUUUAUAGUACUUGAAUUGUCAAUAAAUUAUAUGGGUCAGGAUCAAAUUGACUUGGAACAGAAAGAAAAACAAUCCGUGUAUACAAGUCUCAAAGGAGCAUUCAAUGCUGUAGUGUCUAUAUUAACUAAAGUAUCAAACGACAAAAACAGGGACAAACUACCCGAUGCAGAAAAGGUUUUCAUUUGCGCAAUGGUUAGAGUUUUAGUUGCAUGGAUCGCCCAAGAAACCACAGCAAUGAGGGAGCAAAUCUAUACUUUACUUCCCUUUAUUUUUACGUUGGCAAAUGAUUCUUUCCAUGCUUAUAGAGCAAGGAAACUGACUGAGAAAAACAAAUCUGAAGGUGAACCACUGGAUCUAGACUCUCCCUUGAUGGGGCAAGUCGAUUUGUUACGUUUAAUGUUACCUGCACUUUGCCAUCUAGUUGUAGAAGAUAAGGCAAGAGAUAUAGUCUUGAAUCUUAAGCAAGAAGAUAUCCUGUAUGAAGCAAUGAACUUCCACUGGUCCAUAGUACAUUAUAAGAAACCACCUAUUCCAAAGUCUGAAAGGGGUAAAGCUAGAACUCAGCCAGAACCUGAGUUAGACCCCCAAGUUUUAGAAGAUAUGAAAGACUCGAGAGCCGCUAUGGUCAGCUUAUGUAAUAUAUUUAUGAACCUAACAGUUUUAGCACCAAAAGUCGUUGAAAAUAGCAUGUUAUUCAACACACUGUUGAAAUUUAUAUUCAACAACUUGCCAGAACUUAAAAAUAUACCUGAAAAUCUUGUUUUACAUGGACAUUUAGCAGUACUUGGCCUGCUUUUGCUGAAACAACAAGCCAGUAAAGUUAAGAAGAAUGACUUUUCCAUAUGCAGGUACAUUCAGUCAACGAUAAGAUUCCUUUGGGAUGCAUACAAUGUUGACGAAUCAAAUGAUCCAAGUGCAUUAGUUGUGUCUAUGACUUAUAAGGAAAAUUGGAGUGAAAUUGCCGAUCUAUGGUUCCUAGGUAUGCAGACGUUAAGUGGUGUCUUAACUACUAUACCCUGGAUCUCUGAGUUUGCCAUAGAAAGUGGUUGGGCACAUGGCAUAGCAGAAAUGCUCACUAAAGUCAAGGUUGGCACUUUACCUCCUAAUGUUAAAUCAGCAUUUGAAGACUUCCUAUGUAGAUUAGUUGACUCAAAUGAAAGUGCCAUCCCUGUCCUUAAAAAAGGUGGUGCUUUGAAAAUGUGCAGAAACCACAGACUAAUGGAUUUGGGAAAGAAACUAUUUGGAGAUUAAAAUAAAUACUUCAUUUGUGUUUUAUUUUACUGAAGUAUAAAAAAAUUCUUUUUUGUU